AUGGGUACGGCUUGGGAACUCACGGCGGCUUUGCGUGACCAGAUACAUCGGUAUGCUUCAUACCGACAGACGUCGGUAUCGUUACGGCAAAUGGUCCAAUUUGGACCAAGUCCAUCUCCAGGACUGAUUUUUCUUGCUUCUCAGUUCAUCGUGGAGGAAUUGCCCAUUCGUUUGGCACUUAAAGUCAAGGAUUUGGAGUCGGCGCCAUUUGGUCUUUGCGACAUGCCCUCUACACAAAAGGUGAAGAAUUGGUACGCUCAAUCUUUUGAAGAACUCACUACGCUUCCCAAACCCGAGAUUUCGCCAGAGUUAGCCAAGUUGUUGAAUGGGAAUGGAGGAUUGGACAAAAGUAGAGUGGUGGAUGACGAAACAAACCACGAAGAUAAAAACUUUCUCAAACAAACCCACAAUCCUGCAAACAGCGAACAUGUCAAUCCGGCCAUAAACAACGUUUUCAGUGACGACGGUAUCGUUGUAAGACAGCAUUCUAACCCCAGGUCAUCGUCCAAACUGCGACUGGAGCUGCCUACAUUUGGAAAAAUGUACUACACUUCAUGUCCCACCAAUGUAGUGUGGCCCAAAGAAGUUUACGAUUACAACAAAUUGGUCAACGAUGCGCUCACCAAAAUCAAAAAGCGUCAUGAUGCUACAGUGGCUACCAUGGCUCAAGGUGUACAAGAAUGGAAACACGAACACAAGACAGUUUCUGUCAAUUCGCAAAUCCAAACUUUUUUGGACCGAUUUUACAUGCUGAGGAUUGGUAUUAGAAUGUUAAUUGGACAACAUAUCGCCCUCAAUAUGGCACAAGCGUCACCCACAAAGGCCCGUAUUAACAAGGUACUUAACGGGAACACCUCCAAGUCCAAAUCCAACUAUGUGGGUGUGAUUUGCACCGAUUGCAAUGUCGGUGAAAUUGCGGAAGAUGCAAUUGAAACAGCCAAAUAUAUCUGUGAAGAAUACUAUGGGCUCUUUGAAGCGCCGGAAAUCCAACUCAUUGCCCCCAGCAACGAUAUCUCCUUCAUGUACGUUCCGGGCCACUUGAUUCAUAUGUUAUUUGAAACACUCAAGAAUUCGCUUCGUGCAACCAUUGAGUUCCAUAUGCCAAGACUCAAGCAGGAAUUGAUGCUGAAAGACCCUGAGCUUAAGGAGGCAGAUAUCGAUAUCAAUGAUCUCAAGUUUCCACCCAUCAAAGUGAUUAUUUCUGAGGGAAGUGAAGAUAUUGCUAUCAAGAUCAGCGACGAAGGAGGAGGAAUUGCUCGCAGCGAAGUGCCAUUAAUUUGGACUUAUUUGUAUACUACAGUGAGCAAGACUCCCGUGUUGGAACCAGAGUACGAUCAGACUUCAUUCAAGGCUCCAAUGGCCGGUUUUGGUUAUGGAUUGCCAAUAUCUCGGUUGUACGCUCAGUACUUUGGAGGUGACUUAAAGUUGAUUCUGAUGGAGGGUUAUGGAACCGAUGUGUAUUUGCAUUUGAACCGAUUAAGCAGCAGCAGCGAGCCUCUUCCAUAG